CUCCAUCUUCUCAAACCACAAGCCAAAACAACAAGCCUGCGUUGCUCCUCUUUCUGAACCACGAACAAAAGCAUGGGCUGUUUCUUCUCUGCAAGCUGAUCUACACCAAUGGGUUCAGGAUACUGGUUAAAGUCGAUUAUAAGCCUGAGAAAAGCGAAGAGAGAUGGAUCGAAGAAAGUAAAGGUACAUUCAGCUAUUGAAAAAGCAAAGGAGUCAAAGGAGAGUCCACCCACAAAUGGAGAAUCGAGUAGUUUCGCCCAUGCUGAUUUGCAGAGCAGUCAUGCUGUUCCUGGAUUGUCUGCUGAAUAUAUAGCUGCCGUCAGGAUUCAACAGGCUUUUCGGGCAUACAAGGCAAGAAAGGCAGUGCAUCGUCUUAAGGGAGCUGUGAGAUUUAAUGUACUAAUCCAUGGUCAAGAUACUCAAAAGCAAGCAUCAAGCACGUUGAGCCAUAUACAUUCAUGGAGCAAUAUACAGACCCAGAUAAGAGCUCGCCGACACCAUCUGGUUGCAGAAGGCCGUAUUAAGCAAAAGAAAUUGGAAAACCAGUUGAAACUUGACGCCAAACUUCAAGAGUUAGAGGUGGAGUGGUGCGGUGGCUCCGAUACCAUGGAGGAGAUUCUUUCCAGGAUCCAACAAAGAGAAGAAGCAGCAGUAAAGCGUGAACGAGCCAUGGCAUAUGCCUUCUCUCACCAGUGGAGAGCCAAUCCUACACAAUAUCUAGGCCAGGCAUAUUACAUUCUUGGCAAAGAAAACUGGGGUUGGAGCUGGAAGGAGCGCUGGGUUGCUGCGCGGCCAUGGGAAGUUCGAGUUCAUGCUGAGCCUAGUAACCUCAAGAAAGUUCAUUCCAGACAAGGGAGCAAAACGGAGAUUAAAAUACCAGUACUGCCAACGAAACCUGCUCUGUCAAACGGGAAGGUGAAUGCUAAAGCCAAAAGGUUGUCCAGCCCAGCCAUGGAUUAUCAAGCAACCCAGGAUGCCAGUUCUACUGCCGGCUCAUCUCAUUUGUUGAUUCAAAGUUGAGUUAAUUAAGUAUAAUUUAGCAAAUCAUUUACUUGCAAGCUUGUACACGCUCCUUGAUCCUGUGUUUUUGUUUUGUUUAUUGUGGGGUUGGUGUGAGAUUUGCGUGCAGUGUGUGAAAAGAUGGUAACAGACAGAAAAAUGUUUUCAUGUUUAUUGUGAGAUUUGGUUUAGUGUCCGGGUCAAAUCAUUUUUUUUAUAUAUAAAAAAGUAUUUAAAUGUUG